CCUGUUAAAUACAGCCGUGGGUUAAUAUGGAACUAAGCUUCAGCAACAGGAAUUUGUGAACAGCUAUGAAAAUGCCGAAACAACUGCAAGGUGCUGACCUUAAACUAGUGUUCCUUUAACUUCUAGCAGCUGUUUGAGUGUGUCCAUGCAAACCCAAAUUCGUUCCCUGGCUAGCAGUAAUUUCUGAAGCGCAGGAAGCCAUUGGGUUAUAUGUUCUCUGGCUGAAGGCACAAUGUGCAGAGAAGUUUUAAAAGCUCCAAAUUACAGAGGGUAAAACACUGCUGCAAACAAAGCUCUUCCCACGUUUCUCGUGCUAGUGAUGUGGAGACCUGGAGCUUUGUGUCUCGCUUCGUGGAUCACAGGAACUGGAGUUCUGUGUUUAACCUUCUUCCAGUUAGCAGACUCUGAGUCGGACUGUGAGCUCGGCGAGAGGUGCAUUGGGCAGAGCGAUGAAAACUUGAGCAGCUGGUAUGUGUGGUUCCUGAUGUUGUUUUUCCUGGCCUUGCUCUUGUCCUGUGGGAUCUGCUGCUGCCUGCAGUACUGGCUGAAACGGCGGAGCUGCCUCCUCCACCGACGCACCCUGGCCAUCUUCGCGCUCAGCAGCUCGGAUGCCUUUUGCGCGAGUGAAGCACCUCAGUGCCCAUUCUCCAGCCCCUGCGUGACUGCGGAGACGUCCUCUUCUCCUGCCCCAGGGUUCAGCCUUGGGGGAACUGAGUUGCCUCCAUCCUAUGAGGAUAUUAUGAAGGAAAACAACCUCUAGAAACCACACGUUGGCUUUCUAUGAUUCCACUUGGUUCACCGGAGAUCUUCCAUUAUGCUACAGUAGUGUGAGGUCAAAUCAGCCCUUUCCACAGGUUGGCCAAGAGACUGAAAAGCAGGACGUAUUUAAUCCAAACAUAAAAGGGGAGACAAAAUGCAACAGAAUAAAUGCCAAAAGCAUGUGCUGAAUCUGUCACAGGAGCUCAGCUUGACAUUUUGAUAGGGCUCUGGAUUUUGAGAAGCUCUCUCAGAGGUCUGUCUGUAUUUGGGGUUUCUGGCUCAGCCUCCAGAUUUAUCUCUCUCAGGCUGCUUGAGCUGGUGCAACCCCGUGUGUUUUAGGACCAAAUGUUGAUAAAUGACUUGAUAGUUACUUCUGAAACUUGGGCUGCCUCCUUGACUCGGCAUGGUGCCAACAAACACCCUCUGGCAAAGUCAUGUUGUUCUAAUACAUUGUAAUGCAAUCAUGCCACUCUGCGAUGAAGGAUCGUUUGCCACAUUUAAAAUAUUUAGCACAGCAUAUCAGAUUUGUCUAGUGCAAAAGGCAGCAAAUUUAUGGCCAGGGAAGGGAAAGCAAGAGAUAGGGAUUAUGGGGGGAGUAGCAGUGGCAGGAGCUGGUUACAGAGCACAAAAAAAAGUGAGUUUGCUUAUCUGAGCUCUUCUUAAUUUCAUGGUGACUGUCUCCAGCUACUCUUGCCCUAGCAUUGCAGACCUACAGGCUUUGAAUGGCCCAGACCCACACGGCAAUUCCCCACAGACAUGAAUUAUGGAGUUAGGUAUUUGAUGCUUAACUACAGAAAUUUAUUAUGAUAAAGAAUGUCAUUUUCUUUGCGGUGACCACUGCAAACAGGAUGGAAAGAGACUUCAAGAAGCCAUUUAGACUGCCUUAUACCUAAGCAGGAUCAGGUUUAGCUAAGCCAUUCCUAGGAGGUAUUAGCCUGCCUAGUUCUCAAAUUACUGAGGAAAGAUGCCGAAUUUCCCCCUUAGCUGCAUUCCAGAUGAAAGCAAAGAUUUCCUUUGUUUGUCACGGGCAGGUCCCUGAAGGCUGGAUUCAGCCUGCCUGACCUCUCUACCUCUGAUCUCUCAGUGGCAAGGGCUGGGGGCUGCAAUCAGACCCCCCUUGGGGCAGAAAGUAAAUGUCUCACCUAGUGCUGUGCCUCACAUGCCUGGGGAGCCGCGAGCUCACAGUCGAAGUGGACAGCUGGGUCCAUCUUAGGUACCCCAAAAGGCUAAUGGAAGCCCACAGCCUGCCUCGUGGAGCAGCCCCCACCCCUGUAGAGCUGGGCUAGUGCCAGUUCCCCUGCUCAGGAAGGAAACUGGAAAGAUAAAUCUACUAAAGGUUAUGAAGUGCUCACAUAGUCUCAUAAUGAGGCUAUAUAAGUACCUUCGCUAGAUAAAGAAUUAUAGCAUAUUUUGAGAGACAAAUUCUCUGCCAGCACCACUGCAAAUUAUCUCUAUAAAAUCUUAUUUUAGAAGCAGCUUUAAUGUUUGACUCUUGUGUGAAAGGAAAUAAAUGUUACUGUAGCAAAAUGAAUGUUUGUGCCAGCAGGCUAAAAUAUUACAGGAUUUAUUAAUAAGGAAAAUUAGCAAGUACAGACUCCGCCAGCAGAGAAGUCGAGCAAUUCCUGAGUGUCCUUUCACUGGCUGAACGUAGAAAGAAUUGCAGGUAAUCAGCACCUCUCAGGAUCAGACCUUUUAUAUAUAUAACUGCUUCCACUACUCAACCCCUUCAAUUUAUGCCCUGAAGCAUGAGAUUUGAUUAUGUUUGUCACUUCAGCUUGCGUAGCCUGCUAGUGGGCAUUAAAUCAACCAUCACUUCCUUCCCACCU